ACACCAGACACAAUUUGGCAUUUUCUCGCUCUCGUCUGUCAAAUUAACUGCAACUAGUCUCGCCCCAGGUGUCAAAAAUGCGUCAAGGAUUGUUUUUUUUCAUAGAAACUUGAUUAAUUAAUACUUCCACCAAAUAAUCGCGAAGUGCCGGGCAGGGGGGAUGAUCACGAUGAUGAUUAUUCCAUCCCUUUGAGGCCUGUUACCCCAUAAUUCUUGGAGAACAACUUUAGUGGAGAGGCUGGAGACAAUUUCUUCAGGACAACUAAUUCAUUCGAGUCGCGAACAUCUGGUGAUUUGGUAGGUUGAGUGAUCGAAGUGAACGAAGGAUGAUAUCUGUGGGAAUUUAAGUGUGUGGGAAGCAAGUGCGGUAGUCACCAUGUCUCCUGGGGUCAACGAUGGUCCCCGGAAAACCGGAACACUCCCCAAGAGCAACAGAAGAAAUUAUCGCAACCGAGACGUCCCCACUGCCACGAGGCAGGUGGGCAGGACUGUUUACCACCGACAACUACACCCCAACAAUUUGCUGGAUUGGCAGCCAGUGAACGACCGAGAGACUGGGAGGAGCACGAAGAAUAGCAACACCAGGUCAACAUCGUCAGUUCCAUCCACUUCUUAUCAGGAUCUUGUUGAUAUCGCGUCAUCCCAUCGUCAGUACAAUUAUACUGGAGAGGACUACAUUCCCUGGCAGGAAAUGGCUCAACCGAUGGACUCACGAGCCCAGUCGCCCCCCAGCCUCCAAAAUGCAAAGCCCACGAAUGUCGACAGAAUGCCAGAUCGUCGUCAGGUGGAGAGCCGGCUGAAUCAGAUCCGAGAUUACAUUAGAGUGACGUCGACGAUGAUGGAUUCGCUGAACCAAUCCUCGGAUCCGCGUGCACGUGCUCAACACGAUAAACUAGCUAAAAUGGUGGAGGAUCUGUGUGACAGUGAGACAAAACUGGCUAAACUGUUGGAGGACUAUCGUGGGCUGCCAGAUGAGCUGAAAUCCGAUGACCGCCAGUCCCUGUGUUCCAGCCAAAUGAAGUGUUUCACUGAACUACUAGACAUGCUUGGGUCUCAAGAUAAUUAUAUGUUAUCUAAUGUUAAUCAGAGGAUCGAUCGAGAGGAUGGGGAGGAACCCCUCGAGUCGAAGCUCCGUAAGAAGAUGGAGGCGUCUCAGCGUAAACUUGCGCAGCUCCAGGAGCACCAGGCGAACCUCGUUGGAAUGCAGUUGAGAGUACGUGAGCGAUUGAACGAGGCACGUCAGGCUCAGCAGCUACUGCUUCUCCAGGAGAAUGAACAGGCUACCGCGGCCAUUCCCCUGCCCUACGACAACGGGAAUCGCUCCCAGCAGCAGAUGGCCAAUGACGCUGACGCACUCGAGACCGAGACAAUCGCCCUGAGGGGCAAAUUAACGCAGCUACAGAACAAGAAAAAGCAGAUGGACACUCUUGUUUCUGAACUACAGGCGGUGGAGAUGUCGGACAGGGCCAGCUGCAGCUCUGAAAAUUCAAAGCACACUGAACGUGACAAAGUUGCUGAGCUGGAGGUCCUCAAGGCCCAGCUGGCACACCUCAAGGGACUCAUGGAGGAAGCAACCAGGGUCAGGGAUGCCUUCAAUUCAACAUCUGAAACUGAUCCUGAGGGAAUCAACGGAUGCUGCGAGAAUGGAGACGUUGAGGAGGACGCAGAUGUGGGCGUCUCUUUCAAUUCCUUUGACAGGAGCAGUGAGACUAAUGAGGGACAGGGAACGUUCAAUAAUUCCAAGGAGCAACUGACUGUCGAACAAAUUCAGGCCGUGACUCGUGAAUUAAAGGAGCAACAGGUCCUUCUCCAGUCAGCGAGAGCUGAGCUCCAGCGUCUGAAAAAUCCCUCGUCGUUCUCGGCACCUCAGGCCUCAGCUCCAGUGCUAUUCCUCCCAGCCACCACCUCCCCCUCCUCAUUCGCUGCCUUCAUCCCCUCCGACAAGAAACAGAGCAAUAACAAUAAUAACAAUCACAACAACAACAACACCAACAAUGCCCAUGGCGAGGGGGCAGGGACAUUGGGGAUUCUUGAGGGCCAGGGACCGACGUCUCAGGCGACUAGGGCACAGAAUAAAAAACGCCAGAUUGAGGAUUUGGUACGUAAAGAUCAGAGUCAGUCGUCCAGUGUCAAUCGAGACGUUGGAGCUGCUGGAUGGGGGAGUAGGAGGGGCUCCAAUUCACACAGGAGCCACACUAGUACACCUGCUAAUAUUUGGCCUGGACCUAGUGCUAUUGUCGGCAGUUCAAACGAGCAGAGUGUAGACGGCAUAUCAACCACGGACAACCUUCUGGGCAUCGGUCCCCACGUCCCAGCGAUGGAUGGCGGCUUUCCCCCGAGCUGGUGGAACGUCUCAGCGCCCCCAGUGUCUCAGCCCCAAGGUCCCGGGCACUCUACCGAGUACUACCGUCAGUUACUGAUGAGCUCGCAGGCUCAGCAGCUCCAAAUGAUGAGCACGACGAUGCAGCAAUGCUGCCAGCUCCUCUGGGCGCAGCAGCGCGAGCUCCAGUCAAUGAGGUCGGCAAUAAGUCAGCUGCAGCAGCAGUUUCGCCAGGCCCAGGCACCUGGACCUGGGGUAAGUGAGAAUCGUGAGGACUACUCCAACCUCAGUCGGUCCAUUCAUCACCUGGAAAACAGCCUGGAUACCACACUUCCACCUAGCUCAUCCUUGCCGAAUCUAGUCUCACUUCCAAGCACCUCGCAGACACCAGCUCAUCCACCUAUCAUAGCGUCAGCCAAUUCCCAUCAGCACGACAAUCACCAGCAGCUCAACAAUCAGGUACCACCUGGCAAUCGAGCCAACAACUACUGGGACAAUUUUCGAAGUUACUCCAGACAGAAUCUUUUGUCUGGAACCCCUAAAACGUUGAGUGAUUCAAUGCCAGGGCCGUCUAGCAAUACUAACACAACAACUAAUGCAACAGCAAGUGGACUUCAUGUCUCUCAUUUAAGAGACAAGAGAAAUCGUGAGCACGCAGCUGACAAUCUCUCUCUGCCCUCUCUGACGGGCUCGGACGCCCAAUACUCCCUGAACCUCCAAAUGCAGUCCAACAUUCAGCCCCACGACCGAGAGAUUCCUUCAUCCAGGACGAAUAUUCUAUCUAACGAGGCUGCACAGAUGCAGCAGGUGGAGAACUUCUGGGAGGACGCACCCUCCUCCUACCGGCUAGUCCCGGAGACCAACGAAGACAUCUACUCCCUUCGUCAUCUCAACGCGGAAUUGCGGGACGUCCUGGUCUCCCUCGUUGCUGCAAACAAGAGCCAACCAGACUAUCUCGUUAUCAUUCUCAAGGAGAUCAAAGCCAUCAGUGACGAUCAGAGACUCCGAGCGAGACUCCUGAGGUCGCUGAGGGCACUCCACGCCAUGCAGACUUCCAGCAAUCCUCUGAAUGAGGUCCCAGAUCAGACGUCCAGUGAGAGUACUCAAUCCAGUGAUGAUGACUCUGAUGCUGGUGCACGUAGAAUGCCGAUGUUUCUCGUCUCCGCUGACAAUCAGAGUUUCUUUACUGAGACGUUCUGGGAGAAGCUUCCACCAAUGCCGCCGUCGCAGAGCCCUGCUGCGCCAUUCCCCGAGCAUUUGGACUUUGAGGUGGCAAUGCAGCAGGAAAAUGUCAAUGCUAUUCCCACGAUGUCCUCUAUUUCCGGCGGGUAUAACCAGGACUUGGCGGAGGCGGAUCAGUCUCGCCCGGACGCGUCCAGUGAUCAACAGAAUUCCUUCGACGAAGGAAGUGACGAUGGAGAAGAAACCGAGCUCCCCUCCCACAUGGCUCCAGGUCCGGGAGCAGGAGGUCUAGACCCCGAGAGAGAAUCACUCCCUGGUCACGAUCCAAACGACCAAGAAGCCUCGGGUGAAAACUCCACACUGGACAGAAUUCCCACGAAACUCCUCCAUCACUAGCAGCGCUUCCUCCCCUCGCCCCUCAUUCCUCUCGUCGAUGAGCUUCAACUCAUUAUUGAUAUCUUCGUUGUAGUGUUGUCGUUUCAAGUCUUUGUAACGUUAUUUCUUAAUUGGUUGUAAUAAACUAGUGAAGUAUUUCAAACGUGAAAUAA